UUGAAAACCUAUUAUUAUUUGCAUUCGCGGUUCGCAGUAGUUAGAUACUCUUACUCGGUGCGACUUUCUGAAAUAUCUCCAGUCUACAUCUGACGCGGGUAACUGAACGGUCACAGACUGCUCGUUCGUCGCUUUUUUCACGUGUGCAUCGUGUUUAUAGUUGCGGGAAAUUCGGUCUACAACACAAACCGGUGUAAAUAGUAAUAAUAAUUUAAAGGAAACAAGAUAUAAAAAAAUAAAUUAGUUGGCGCAUAAACUGAAUGUCGAUGACGACUUUUCCUGUACUAUAAGUGCCAUAAUAGUGAACAUAAUAGUUAUAACUAAUUACUACUUUCACACAAUGGCUGACUACAGCAUCCGCAGUAGGCAAGAGAGCACUGAAAGUUUGGAUUCAUCAUCGGCGGUUACAAGCGAAGAGUAUUCAGACGAUGACAAAGAAAAGGACGGCUAUGACAUUGAGGAUUUCAACAUUAUUAAAACCAUCGGUACUGGAACAUUUGGUAGGGUACUUCUAUGUAAAAAUAAAGAAACAGAUGAGUAUGGAGCUAUGAAAAUUCUUUGUUUAGCCGACAUUAUAAGACUGAAACAAGUAGAACACGUAAAGAAUGAAAAGAAUAUAUUGCAAGAAAUUAGGCAUCCUUUCAUAGUUAAUAUGCUUUGGUGUGACAGAGACGAAAUUUGUAUCUACAUGCUUUUCGAAUACGUUUGUGGCGGCGAAUUAUUUUCAUAUCUAAGAAACGCUGGAAGAUUUACAAGUUCCACUGCAAACUUUUACACGUCGGAAAUAAUUUCGGCGCUGGAAUAUUUACAUGCGAAGAGUAUAGUAUACAGAGAUCUUAAACCAGAAAAUUUACUAUUGGAUAAGGAAGGACACUUAAAGAUAACAGAUUUCGGAUUCGCCAAGAAACUCACGGACAGGACGUGGACUCUUUGUGGCACUCCAGAAUAUUUGGCACCUGAAAUUAUACAGAGUAAAGGGCAUAAUAAAGCUGUUGAUUGGUGGGCGUUAGGUGUUUUAAUAUAUGAGAUGUUAGUUGGUUAUCCUCCUUUCUACGAUGACAAUCCAUUCGGUAUUUACGAAAAAAUCCUAGGCGGUAAAAUAGAAUGGCCACGACAUCUGGAUACUAUAGCAAAGGACCUUAUCAAAAAACUGCUAAUACAAGAUAGAACUAAGAGAUUGGGCAAUAUGAAGUGUGGUGCUGAUGAUAUAAAAAGGCAUAGGUGGUUCAAAGGAAUUGAUUGGGCAGAUGUCGCCUUAAGAAAACUACAACCACCUCUGAUACCCAGAAUCAGUUACGAUGGAGAUUCCAGUAAUUUCGAUGAUUACCCCGAAACAGAUUGGAAACAAUCGAGAACUCUGGAGGAAUCUGAGCUCAAAUUAUUUGAAGACUUUUAACAGAAGUUGAUUGAAAUAGUGUUCAUAGCUCUAUUCCCUCCAAAAAUAUUUAUUCCUAUACUGCCUCGGCACCGAUAUUUAAAAUAAUUUUUGAUAUCGUUAUGUUGCCUUUCUAAGCAUAAAACUCGUGUCUAAAGAUAAUGCUAAAUAUUUUAGAUUAAUUAUGUUUAAAAAUACAGCCGAGUUUAAAGAAGUGACAGUCAGUUUGGAAUGUAAAACAUGUAUUUCUGCUGCAGAUGACUUUGAACUCUAAUAUAGCCCAAAAUUGCUACCUACUUUCUGUGCCUAAGCACCGAGGUGGGAUUUAUGUCAAUCCAAAGUUGGAUGCCGACUAACUACAGUGAAGAAGGGGGUGAGUCGUACAAAUGGAUUGAAACAACUUCCAAUAAAUUUCGAAACAGUACCUUUCACAUUAAUCCUCAUGUUGAAUAUUAAUCACGAAAAAUAUUCCAGAAGGCGGAAACCAAUGUCACUUCAAAAAAAAACAGUAAUACCAACAUACCUCAGUGACAGAUAGGUGUCCCAUCAGCGCCCUCUAUUACGAAAUAAUUUCUUGACAGAAAGGGCUAAAAUAAGCAAACAAAGCCUCUAAAACGAAAUAAAUAGCCUAACUAAACCCAAAUAGAGGUCCAAUUUACCCCAAACUGAUCAUAUACUCACACUUAACGUCAGAGCGGACACGCUAGACCGACAUCUUGAAUACAGGGCAGCCACAUGCUCACCAGAGUGUCACAGAAGGACCGCUCUGUUCAAAUAUCGAACUAAAAGCACAGUGGUUAAAAAUGCGGGUAUAGAAGGACCCAUUAAAUAAUUAUUGAACACGGAUAAAACUAGUGUAUUCUUAUUUUUAUGAAAAACCGCUAUAAGGCCAAAUUUAAACGUUACAAAAUAUAAAUACGACUUUUAUUCUUAGAAUGGCAGUAUGGUUGUUAAAAGUGUUGAAAAAACUUAGGUAUAUUGUUAUAUACUAGAAGGAUUUUUAAAUUAAAGUUAUAUUUUACAACCAUUACAGCUUGAGAUAAUGCUAUCUCACAAAUUUUAGAAUGUGUGCUUUACACAGAACAAUGAACAAUAAUUGUCAGCUGUCAUACGUCAUCGUACAGUACCAAUCUAAAAUAAUAAUUAUUAUUAGUUAGGCAUUUUAUUGAGGUUCUAGAACUUAUAAAAAUAAUACAGCAUCUAUACUAUUGUGUAAAAUCUUUCUGGAAAAACAUGAUGUUUGUGUUAUUUUAUUUUUUAAUAUUGUAUCAAUUGAUAAUGGUUCCAUGAAUCAUUUGAUAUAAUUUGAUUAAAUUAAUAUUGUUCCUUAAAAAACUAUUCAAUUCAAAAACGCUUCUAGUGUAUAGUCAGUGUUCUAAAACUUCAUUGUGAUAUUGAUUAGUUAAGUAAGUUUUCUUAGUUUGUAAAUAUUGUAGUUAAUGAGUUGAAGUUGAAUAUUAAUAUGAACUAAAUAUGUAGUCAUUCCGUUUUGCCUAUUUUAGUAAUAUUCGAGUAAUAUUUUUGAUUUUAUUAAUGCUAGAGAUAUUGAUAAUUUUUGGUAUUAGUAGUUUUUUUACUAACGCAGCAAUAAAAGUGUUUUUUUAACUUCAUUAUAAAUAUCAAUAAUAAUUUAAUUAUGGUAUAUUUAAUUAAAUUAGUUUUAUUUUGUAAAACGAGUUAUGUGGUAGUUAUUGAGUUUCAUUAAACCAUAAUUAAAUGUUUAUUCGUCAUUAUAAAACAUUAUAAAAGGUUUAAAUUUGUUCUAUUCAUCACAUUAGAUUCAUUGAAUUUAUCAGUUACUCGACCUCUUAAUGCUAGGUGCAACUAUCACCUCGCGCAAUACUUUACUCUUCAACGAGUAUGUAGUCAAUUUUAAUCGUGUAAUUGAGUGGGUAAUUAAUAAAUUCAUAAUCGUCUAUAAUAUAAAGUUGAUUGUGAUAAAUGAAAAAUUUUUUUUUUAAUUAUGCUUUUGUUUUAAAAUUAUUAAAAGAGUUGUAAAUUUUUAGCAAAAUAAAUGAUAAUAAU